CAUAAAAUCCCUCAAUCUCGGCCAUCAUCGUCCCCACCCAAAUUCGAAAAAGCAAAGAAUGGAGGAAAGUUUCAGAGUAAGGAUCGACAAGGUAUUUGGAUCUCUCUCAUCCUCAUCUGCGGCCUCUUCUCUGAACUCUCUAUGGUGUCUCGCGGACGACGGUAUCGAUACAAGAAGCGACCGGAGCGGAGGAGAGAAAGAGGUCUCGGAGCCCCACCAGCCAAGCUUCCCGGAGAAUGAUCGAGACGAUUUGAACAACGUCGAUGAAGAAGACGAAGCAGGGUCCACUGUGUUGCAGAAGCCGGAUGAUUACAACGACGAGGAGUGGGAGAUCAAAUCCUCAAUCGGGAUGGACACUACUCUCGACAUGGAGGAAGAGGAAGAUGAGAAUGACAAAGUGGCUGUAGGAGAGGAACUGUGCGGCGUUUACACCAAGGAUGUGAACGACUACGAGACGGAAGCAGAUGAGUGGGAGGAGCUUCCCUCUUCUUUCAAUGAAAGAGAGAAGGAUCCUCGUGCUAACUACAUCGCCGCGGAGAUUAGGCUUAGAGAAGACGCUGAUGCUGUUAACAAGUUGAACUCUUUGCACGUCUCUGAGGGACAUCAGGAUAACAUGUCGGAAAAGGAGAAAGUGGUUUCUGAGGAGGCAUAUGCUGGCGCUUCGGAUGAUAAUGGGCUGAAACCGAUACUGAAGAGGAAAGAAAGCCAAGCUGACUCGAAGUUGCAGAAGCGUGUUCGGUUUAGUUCUGAUGUCAGAGAUGACGACGAUUCAACUGGAGGUGGUGACGGAGAUUCUGCGAUGGAGACAAGUAUAGUAGUGCAGCGAGACCAUCCAUCUGGAGAGCCAGAUUAUGUUCGAAACCCGUCAAAGUACACCCGGUACACGUUUGACGAAGGCGAGGUUGACGAGGAAUCUAACAGGAAAGCGUACAUGGAGUUUCUCAGCAUGAUCAGGAGCCGAGACGAGCCUCUUGAAGACCCUCUGGUUGAGCUUCCGACAUCGGUGGCUUUUGUACCGAAGAAGAAUCAAACGGGUGAGAGCAAAGUAGGAAACGCAGACAAGGGUUUUGAGGGAAGAAGAGGUGUAAUGCCUAUCUUAGAUUCCAUAGAAGACAGCACUGUUUCUGCCAUGGAAGAAGAUGAACCACAAACAGCUCUGAAUGUCGUAAGAAGACCCGGUCGUCAGUAUAGGGCUAGAGCCAAGGAAGAUGAAGUGGAAUGAAUGUUGAGUAUCAUCAAACUCGCCUUGCCAGUUUUGGCGUGUUGUCUUUUAUUACUUGAAUUUAGCAGAGUCUGGGUGACAGAAAUCAUAAAUUUAUUGGGGACUUCAUAUGAUACUUCUACUUUCGAUUCA